UCACAGGUCUCCCACAAGGAAGUUGCCUCAGUCCCCUUCUAUUUAAUAUAUACAUGAGCCUCGUUGCAAAAAAUUUCUCAAGGUCUGGCCACAACUGCCUUAUCUACGCGGAUGAUAUGGUCAUCUUUUCUUCAAAUAAAUCUCUACCUCUCGCCAUAGAACGUUUAAAUGCUGCUCUUCAAGAUCUAAUAACCAUUUUAUCUAAUGUAUCUCUGGAAAUCGCUCCUGAGAAAUGUAAAUCGGUUAUUUUUACUCGGCGCAAAUAUUUUGAUCCACAUAACAUAUACCUAGACAAUUACCUCAUUCCUUUUGCUACAACCGUAACCUAUUUAGGCAUUACCCUUGAUACUAAACUGCGUUGGAUACCUCACAUAUCUUCACUUUCUCUCUUCACAUCCCGUUGGUCAAACUUCCUCAGGACUGUAUCUAAUACUUGGUGGGGAUCCCAUCCUUCUAGCUUGCUAUCCAUCUAUCGCUCUAUCAUACGUUCUAAAUUGGACUAUGGUUGCUUUCUUUUCGGUUCGGCCGCCUACUCCAACUGGAAAAAAAUUAAUAUGCUCCAAUCGUCUUGUCUUAGAACUAUAAUGGGAUAUGUCAGGUCUACCCCUGGUCCGGCGAUGGAAGUUGAAACCUUCUGUCCUCCUUUUAAUAUUAGAUGCCGAUGGCUCGCAGGAAAAUUCAUUUUAAAAUCUUUAGCGCAUUCCAACCACAUUAUAUUCGAUACCUUCUAUUCUCUAUAUAUCACUUGGCGUUACACACCCAAGUCAAUGCCGGUCCUAUCAAUUGCUGCAAACUCUCUCUCCAAUUUUCACCAAUUUGUCUUAAAUUCUUAUAAACUUCCACUCUAUGAGCAACCUUUUGACUCUCUCCUUUAUACCCCUUUAGUCCAAAUUGACAAUUUUUCUAAUUUUUCACACGUUGAACUUAAAUCUAUGUCUUCUUCUUUUGUUAAUAAACUUUUUUCCAAUUUCCUCAAUCUUAAUUACCCCAACUUCACUAUCAUAUACACCGAUGGUUCAGUGUCUCCUUUAUCAGCCGGCUAUGCCUUCUAUAUUCCCGAACUUCAUAUAUCUUUCUCUAACAAUCUCCCUCCUUCGUCCUCUUCCUUCACUGCUGAAUGUUACGCUAUUUUCGAAGCUCUUCUUUUUAUUUCUGAUUUAGCCCCUAAUAGAUACUUAAUUGCUUCUGAUUCCAUGUCCUGCUUACAAUCUCUUACAUCUAAUCCAUUUAAUUCUAAAUUAUCCCCUCUUGUUUUUCUAAUUAAAUCAUAUAUAUACACUCUCGAGCAGUCCAAUCAUCAUAUUCAAUUUUUAUGGAUCCCUAGCCACAUCGGCAUACAUGGGAACGAAACGGCUGACGGGCUCGCCAAAGCUGCAUCCUACACUAUCCUUCCUCCUCUUGCGCAAUUGCCUUGGACCGAUUUUUCCCCUUUAUUGCGUCGUCAUAUUAUCAGCCUCUGGUCCAAUCACUGGAAUAACCUGCCUGCUCACUUUGCUUCUAGGUAUAAAUCAAUUGUCCCCAGUAUCAUUAAUAAAAAAACUUGGUUCUACAACUUAGACCUACCAAGGUCUAUCAUUGUUCGUUUUAACCGACUCCGCGUGGGUCACUCACUUCUUCCAGAUCAUGCAUACAAACUUGGCCUAAAUGACUCUCCCCUCUGUACACUACACAUAACCGAAAGCAUCUGUGACAUCUCUCAUUUACUAUUUGACUGUCCGUCAUUGUAUUCUAAGCGUACAUCCUUGAUUAAUUAUAUUAAGUUCUUAAACAUUCCUCCCACUCUCCCUUCUAUACUCAACACCCAAGUCGAAACAGUUAUAAAAAAAAUAAUACAUUUUUUAUUGGAAGCUGGCUUUGUAAUUUAAGGUGGUAUCUACGCACAUUAUUAUUUAAUUAGAUAUUAUAAUUUGUUACUUCUUUCUUUUAACUACCUUAUUUUGUGUUUUACUAUA